UGUCUGCGUGGAGGGAGUGACAGAGAAGCGGAACGACAGAAAGAAGAAAAGGGCAGCUGUCUCUGGAGGAAGUUAUUGUGAGGGGGGCCUCAUAGCGGGAGGAAGCAAGCUAGGAGGCGGGCAGGCAGGCACGCUAGCAGCGGUUCUAUGGCUCAGUCGGCUGCUAACGGUGUGGACCAGGACCUGGCCAGCAAGAGGCUGCACUCAAGGUGUGUGUGUGUGCGUCUGUGUGUGUGUGUGUGUGUCUCCAGGUUGGACACGUUCACAGCACGUAGGGCUUUGGUUGAAACGUGCCAUGUGGAUGCAGGACCAUAUGUACACAGUCAGGAGAUGAUCCCAUGGAAGAAAUCUGAACACAGAUGCACAUAGAGGAUGGAGGCCUCUUGCUUGGAGUUGGCCUUGGAAGGAGAGCGGCUGUGCAAGGCGGGGGACUUUAAAGGAGGGACCGCUUUCUUUGAGGCAGCCGUGCAGGUCGGCACAGAAGACCUGAAGACCCUCAGUGCCAUCUACAGCCAGCUGGGCAAUGCCUACUUCUACCUCAAAGAGUACGGCAAAGCCCUGGAAUACCACAAACAUGACCUUACUUUGGCCAGAACAAUAGGAGACCGAAUUGGAGAAGGAAAAGCCAGUGGUAACCUUGGCAACACAUUAAAAGUGUUGGGGCGCUUUGAUGAGGCUGUGGUGUGCUGUCAAAGACACCUGGAUAUUUCUCAAGAGCAGGGAGACAAGGUUGGAGAGGCCAGAGCUCUGUAUAACAUAGGCAACGUGUUUCAUGCGCAGGGCAAACAGCAGUUAUGGGGCUGCACCCAGGACCCAGGGGACCUGCCUCUGGAUGUCAGAGACACUCUGCAAAGGGCUACUGGCUUCUAUGAGAUGAACUUGUGUUUGGUGAAAGAACUCGGAGACCGAGCCGCUCAGGGGAGGGCCUAUGGGAACCUGGGCAACACCCACUAUCUGCUGGGAAACUUUGUCGAAGCUAUCAAGUUCCACCGUCAGCGAUUAUCCAUAGCCAAAGAAUUUGGGGACAAAGCAGCAGAACGACGAGCCUACAGUAACCUCGGCAAUGCCCUGAUAUUCCUGGGCCAGUUCAACACCGCGACUGAAUACUAUAGGAAAACUUUGCAGCUGUCCAGGCAGCUGAGGGACCAGGUGAUGGAGGCUCAGGCCUGUUACAGCCUUGGAAACACAUACACUCUUUUGCAGCAGUAUGAGAGGGCCAUAGACUACCACCUGAAACACUUGUACAUAGCCCAGGAGCUUACUGAUAGAGUUGGUGAGGGCCGUGCCUGCUGGAGUCUGGGAAACGCAUACGUGUCUUUACAGAACCACAAACAAGCUCUCCACUAUGCCCGGAAGCAUCUGGACAUUUCUAAAGAAAUUGGAGACAGAAAUGGGGAACUGACCGCCAGAAUGAAUGUAGAGCAGCUGAUGGAGGUUCUGGGGGUCAAUGAGAGCGACCUUUCACCUUCCAGUUCAGAGUUUGAGAUGCAAGGAGCAAGACCCAAGUUCACCAAGAGAAACAGCAUGGACAGUGUGGAACUGUGGAAGUACUCUUCAGACAAGAACGGAGAGAGCCAAGACUUGGAACGUAUGCCCAGGAGAUCCAAGAGUCAGCUGUCACAGCCGGGCAAAAGAAAAGGCUAUCCGGACAGUCAGUCAUCAGAUGAAAGGCCCUGGUUGGACUCUCCUGUUGACACGGAUGACAUCACUGUGCAAGUCCCACCUCCAGUGCCAAAGCUGGGCCGGGACCCGUCCGAUGAAGACUGCUUCUUUGACCUCCUUAGCAAGUUCCAGAGCAGCCGCAUGGAUGACCAGCGCUGCCAUCUUGAUGAGCCGCAGAACGGAGACGACGGGGAAGGUGCCGCGAACUCCGUGCCGUCCCUAAACGAAAUAUUAGAUCCUGGCAUUACCACUUCCCCCCAGACUGAAGAGCUGUUUGAUUUGAUUGCGAGCUCCCAGAGCCGCCGUCUAGAUGACCAGAGGGUUAAUGUCGGUAACCUUCCAGGACUGAGGAUCACUCAUAACAAUCUGGGACACUUGGUGGGUGAAGGAGAUCAUCAAGAACCCAGCGACGACUUCUUCAACAUGCUUAUCAAGUGCCAGUCCUCUAGGAUUGAUGAUCAGCGCUGCUCCCCACCAGAAGCCGGCCCCCACGCCCCCACAGUGCCUGAUGAAGACUUCUUCAGCUUAAUCCAGAGGGUGCAGGCAAAGCGUAUGGACGAGCAGCGCGUCCAGCUGCCCUCGGACGACCAGGACGACCAGGACGACCCGGACUCGCCUGAUCCCGAGCCGCCCGGUGGUUUUUCCAGCUAGGACUCGGUGAAUAAUGCGGCGUGAAUUCAUGACAAGCGGAAGAAAUUAAAGGAGGGAUGAGCCAACAUUUAAAGACGGCACUGAAGGGUGAACUAACACGAUUUUUUUUAAAUAACAAGACAGAUUCCAUGUGCAAUAGGUGGUGCCCUGUCAAAUGUUGCUCGAUGUGUUGUGUUCUAAGUGUGUGUUUAAUAUAAGGGGAAAACAAAGCAGACUUCAAGCUCGAUGCCGUAAGAAGGAAAUACAUUUUGAGAUAACAUGAAAUAAUGUACUCGAUCUAAUGCCUUAAUCAGCAUUUUUUGUUUUUCAGACUGAAGAUUGUAUUUCCUGCUGCCAGAUGUGUUCUGUAGAGGCACAUGAUGGGCAUAAAGUGUAAGAUGUACGAUUAAUAAACAGACCUACAGGCAUGAGUCGUGGGGAUCACAACGAUAUGAUGAUGGUAACUGUAUUGAUGAAUAACAUCUGAGAAAUUACAGAUUUGCACUAAAUUCUUAACCAGUUUUAUACAGAUAUGAAAUAUAAUGUAUAUAGCAACUGUUCUUAUCAAACGAUCAAUGGUGCUUGAUCAUUAAAGGGUUGUGGUUCCCACUGCUCAUAGACAACUGGUUUUAUUUGUGCAGUAUUCCGGAUCAUCCAGUGAAACUACUUUGGUCAGUUUAAAAUGUUCCACUCAUUGAUAACAAUGCUUCAUUUUCGUUUUCUGACAAAGUAAUAUGAUUUAUUUCCCACAUACAUGUUAUUCAUGUGCAUUCCUGCAUUUAUAUAAGUGCAUCUCCUAACACAGUAUGCAGUAACCGAGGUUACCGGGGCAAACGACAUGAAACGGCUGCUUCUUUUAUCGAUCCAAGAAUAAAGUUGUGCGAGGAUUGCAGCUCCAGUUAUGCGUUUCUGCUUCGCUUUGGAAGUAAUGCAUCCCAUAAUGUUGUCAACAUCUGAUAACAGACGACUGCUUACUGUCAUUAUUAUCAUCCCUUAACAUAGACAUAGAGGCAGAAUGGAUAAGAUCAAUGUGUGAUAUUUUAACUAAUGCCAUGAACAAUAUUGAAGCACGACUAGUGUGCUGCCUCCCGGUGGUCAGAACCUUGUAUUACCUCUGAGAAAUACAGAGUAAUACGAUGUAUUGGGGGUGGAAGGCAACAUUAUAAUGAUAAUAUUGCCACACAAUACAGGCAUGACUAUUCGCAUAACUUUCCUCUAGUUUCAGCAACAGUGUUUCGCCAACUUGCACCAUACAUGUUCUCAUAAAGGUCCGAGUGUAUCCUUUCAGUUCAGUGUACAUUUAGAUAUAUUCUUUGCCAUAACAGUUCCCAAAUCAGCAGGAGAGGUACAUUUGAAUCGGCUAAGAGUUUGAAACCUCUUUAUAAUGGUACCGUUAAAAAAAGAAGUUGACAGUGCCGAUGGGCUUGGUUUUCAUUCUUAAGUCGUGCAUACCUCAUUUUUGUACCUCCAAAGCUCAUGAACUGAGAGUUCUGAACCAGAAUGGAUCAUGAACCACGUUCACGGUGGUUGUGUUUGAUUCGUCCAUCUUUGAUAAACAACACAUUGGGAGCUAAAGUAAAUAUUUUCUUUUUGUGAAUUAACAUUUUUUAGAAAGUUCUUGGUACGCUUCAAUUUGUCUUUUGCCAUAAUUUGUACAUAUAAAUAUAUUUUGUAUUUAUGUUCCAUAUGAGGACAUGAAUAUGUCCCCUCGUGCUUUUAAUAAAAUGUUUCAGAUGUU